AUGUCUGGCAACCACCGCGACCCUGGCAAUGGGUCCACCAGAGGACUUGACUUCUGGCUCGCCUUCAUCGCGUGCAUGGUCGUUGACCUGCUAUCCGCCCUGGACCUUACCGCCGUCUCCACGACUCUUCCUACCAUCGUCAGUCACCUGCACGGCCAAGACUUCAUCUGGGUAGCAAGCGCGUACACAAUCGCAUCCACCGCCGUUCUGCCCCUUUGCGGCGGCGUGGCCUCGAUAUUCGGUCGAAAGCCGGCUCUGCUCUGUUUCGUCGCAUUCUUCUCGGCCGGGUCCGCCAUCUGUGGAGCAGCACAGAAUAUGCCGAUGCUGAUCGCCGGCAGAGCCAUCCAAGGUUUUGGAGGCGGUGGCUGUCUCGCUACCACGGAAAUCAUCUACGCCGAUAUGAUCCCGCUGCCCGAGCGAGGCAAGUUUCAAGGCAUCCAAGCUUGUGUCUGGGCCUUUGCGUGCGCCAUCGCACCUCCCAUCGGAGGCGUUCUCGCAAGUUCGGGCGCGUGGAGAUUUCUGUUCUUCCUCAACCUUCCUCUGUGCGGAAUCGCGACGGUGCUCAUCAUCCUUUUCCUUCGGGUACGCGCCCCGAAGUCUGCUUUCAUGUCGAAGAUCGGCCGACUGGAUUGGAUCGGUAAUGCGAUCAUCAUUUCGAGUACGACCUCUUUGUCUAUCGGUCUCGCGUGGGGUGGCGUUCAAUUUUCUUGGUCGUCGUGGCACGUCCUACUACCGAUUUGCCUCGGCGUGAUCGGUAUCGUCGCGUUCUUCUUCGUCGAAGCCUUAUGGGUAGUGGAGCCCACGGUUCCGUUUGAGAUACUACAUAAUCGUACGACCAUCAGCGGCUACCUGGGCACCUUCUUUCACGGUAUCGUCUCGAUGGCGGUCAUAUUCGCAGUCUAUCUCCCGGUGUAUUUUCAGGCGUCCAAGGGAGCUUCUGCGGUGCACUCAGGGGUACUUUUCUUCGGUUCCUCUUUCUCUAUACCCCUGCUAGCCAUAGGAUGCGGGAUAUCCGUUCAGAUCGUCAACCGUUACCGACCCCAAAACUACGUUGGAUGGACUCUCAUUCUCAUCGGUCUCGGACUGCUGUCGACGCUGGACGCCUCAAGCACCGCAGCCCAGUACACGGUUUACCAGGUCAUCGCUGGGCUUGGUCUCGGAAUCGUAUGGAUCAGCACGCAGUUUCCGAUCUUAGCCCCGCUUGAAUUUUCCAAUAACGCUCACGCUUUGGCAUUCUUCACUUUCGUGCGAUGCUUUGCUCAGAGCUUGGGAACCGUCAUAGGGGGUGCGAUCUUGCAGAACCGUGUUCGAAGCAUCCUCCCCAGCUCGCUCGUGGAAUCUUUACCCGCACACGUCGAAGUCAGCUACGCGCUCAUCCCGCUCAUCCGUAAACUGCCCCCACCUCUCAAAGGCAAAGUCCAGGAGGCCUUUGCCCGGAGCAUCGACCUGAUCUGGCGCGUGAUGAUCGGCAUAUCCGGAGCCGGUUUGCUCAGCUGUCUCCUGAUGUCGGAGGUCGAGAUGCGCCAGGAGCUGGACGAUGCUUGGGGACUCGAAGAACGAAGACUGGAGUCGUCGGACUCCAGGAAGUCCUCCGAUCCUGCCGUAGAGGCGCCCGCCUUGUAG